AUGGCUACUCCAAUAAUUGUCGGCGUCGGCGCCAUCGCUGCAGCCGUCGCUGGAAGACAGCUCCUUCGCAGCGGGAUUAUGGGCGGUAAGGGUGCCGCAGAGCAGUGGGUGAAGGGUGGUUUCAAGGCCAAGAUGGAUCGCAAGGAGGCUAUUGCGAUCCUGGGUCUCAAAGACAAUCCCCAGCUCAAAAGCAGAAUAAAAGACGCCCACCGCCAUAUUAUGAUUGCAAACCACCCUGACAGAGGAGGUUCGCCUUACCUUGCCAGCAAAAUUAACGAGGCAAAGGAGCUGCUAGACAAGACGGAUCGGAGAUGA